UAAGGAACAAAUCCCACCACACAAUUCUCCACAAAAUUUAUUCAUGUCUUAAUGGACUUUGGAGGUGUGUACCAUACUUUAUAUUCUUCUUUUUAUAAACAAUUGAUUCAACAAUAAAAUGGAAUUUUAACCUCUUGUCUCUGAACCUGAUGCAAAACCAUGAUGAAAGACAGAAAAAUCUAACACUGAAGGAAUUUUUGCACGCAACGACAGAGAAGAGAGACAUAUAUUCGGAAACCACAGCACCGUUGAAGAAGCGAAAAGCGAACAUGAUGCGUACAUAUAAAAUAUUGUCAAGAAAGAAACGUUCUAUAACUGGUAAAAUCACCACUGUACUGCUCGUAUGCAGCUUUCUGAUCAAUGUCUACCUGCUCGUCCUAGUUCCGGUAAAAACAGUGAAAAUCAGAAAUAUCGUCACAUUGAAGGAUAAAAACUUGGACUUUCUAAAGGGAAAUAAUGGGGAGCAUAUAAAUCAGAUAGACCUAGAUCUAGAAAUAAAUGAUGUAAAACAAAUUGAUGACAAAGGUGAUUCAAAUAUAGAACAAAAUGCUGAUGCAAAUAAAGAAAAACAAAACGUUGCUGUCCUCGGUGUAAAAGAUGAUAAACAUAUAGAUAAAGGAAAGGGAAUUAAAGCACCAGCAAAUGAUAACAAGAAAUUUAAUGAAAAGGUUAAAGGAGGCACUGAAAUAUGUUCAGAAUAUUCAACAUGGACGAAACAUUUAGUUGUUCCAAAGACUUCUACAGAUUUCAAAAACUGGAGUUUUAAAUCAAAACGAGAGUGUCCAAAAUUUUCGGUAGACAAAUAUCCAACUCAACGGCAUAAAGUUUCUUUACGCUGCAAUGGUCCAUUUUCAAAACUAGUCACAUCAGUAACUACAUCAACACGUGAUAUAACUUCAGUUGAAUUCGGCAACGUGUGUUUAUCGGAAGCCAUAGAUCAUUGCUGUCUGGGGAAAAAGGCUGUUCCAAAUGUCGUACACUACAUUUGGUACGCCGACAAAGAAUUAGGAUACUUUCAAUUUAUUAGUUUUAUGAGUGCCUUAAGAUUCUUAAAGCCAUGUUUAUUUCUUAUUCACGGUCUAUAUAUCCCAAAAGGGAAAUAUUGGGACUAUUUUGUUAGUAUUUCGCCGAAUAUAAUUCACGUUGUGAGGGAAAAACCUACAAUGGUGUUUGGAAAGAAAUUGGCCUACGAGGAACAUGCAUCAGAUAUCAUGAGAAUUGAAGCCUUAAAAUUAUACGGUGGUAUAUAUCUCGACUUUGACGAAAUUGUGCUUCGGCCUCUGGAGCCGUUGAGAAAAUAUGAUUACACACAGGGUCACGAGCGUGACGUCACUAUGGGAUCACAGUUAGUUCUCGCGAAAAAGAAUGCUACAUUUCUCAACUACUGGUAUAACAGUUAUCGUGAUGAUUAUAAAAAAUCUUGGGCAUGGAAUGCGUUAUGGGUGCCUGAGAAAUUAUCAAAACAAUAUCCUAGUCUAAUUCACGUGGAAGGAUACAACUUCACGCGCCCUAAUUGGCAACACGUGGACCUCAUUUUCAAACAGAAUUAUGAUUGGUCGACGAACUAUGGUAUGCAUAUGUAUAUACGAUGGUACAAAAACGAGACCAAUAAUGUAAUUAUUCGUACUCUAAACACAACUAUAGGAGCUGUGUGUCGGCACGUGCUGUUUGGAAAUAAGGAGCUAUGUGUUAAGUAAGGUAUUUGAGAAUCAAAAAGGACAAUACUAUAAGCUCCAUGGUUAUAAAACGUGAGUUUGGAGAUCAGUGUCAGAAGUCCGUCACGUGAUUAUUUUUUUCUUAGCGCAGAACGAAAAUGUGUUUCAUUGUUACACGGAUCUCGAAACGUAGUAUAUUAGUCGUUGGUAAAAGUAAUUCUUUCCUGUCGUUACUGUAACAGCAAACGGAAACUGUUGCUACAGUGUUAUCGUAAAAAACGCUACCGUACAAUGUGGUAAAGGUUGCAAAAGUUAUUCCUAGUGAACGCAUAAAAAUGCUCAGAAAAGGUUAAAUCUCCUGAUAGAAAUACAAAAGAGAGGCAAUUAAAACAUGAUUUGUUACUUUACAACAAUCGCAGUUAUAACAUUUGCGGUUGUAACCUCAUUCACAAUGAAAAUGUAAUUAGGUAACAGAUGACGUUACCAAAUUUGCCUUUAUUAGAAUAGAACUUAGUCACAUGAAUGGACGUAUUUUUAUCAGGUCUACAGACAUAGAAUUAGUUAUGUCCAAAACAGUUAAAAACUGCCAGUAUUAAUGGAAGAGAGAUGACUUUACGCGUGUCGGCACAAUACGACAGCAUUCAGAGAUACCUAGUAUCAAUCAUAAAGCCAUUGAUCAUUCUUUUGACAAUAGUUCUUGAGACUGUUACUGAUCAUGUCCGCGACAAUCUGCACCAGUUUCACGUAAAUUAAAACAAACAUGCAAUGUCAGAGACACUGCAUAUCAUGUACAAUUGUUAUAUGUAUUAUGUUGUUAGCAAUUAUUUAGUUUAGAUGUGGUUUUGUUCUUGGCCAAUUGUUGAUGACGAUUGUUCAAUGCGUACACUUGCUGGUGCUUUGGUUGACAUUUCUAAUGUAUGUACUAUUUUGAGCUGGUGCUCUUGUUGAUAAGGUUUCUAGGCAAUGCCUUACAAGUCGUUAUGUUUUUUGUGUUGUUUUUUUUUUAAAAAGAUUUUUAUAGUUUUAUGGUAGUCUGUACAUGUGCAUUUCAGAUCACUCAGUUCUAACAUUAACUAAGACAAAAAGUCCAUUUUUAUUCUUCCAACAAUUGAUUUAUUAUAAAAGUCAUACAUCCUGAAUUAUUCUUUGGCCAGUAAUAUAAUGUUUCUACAGAGUCCAAUGAUAAACCUAAUUUCUUAAACACAAAUGCAUCGUACAGCAAAUUAUUCAGCCCUUAAAUAAAUCCUCUGAGAAAUGCUGGAGACAAUGUGGAGAAUAUUAAUUUCUCCUAAAGAUCAAAAAGCACCGCAUAGUCGUGUGUGAAAGUUAUUUUAGUUCAAAAUGAAUCGAUGUAAAAAGUGGUAUACGGCAAGGUGGUGUAUUUUCUCCUACGUUAUUUGUUUUGUAAGUAUUUAUACCUCAGCAUUUAGUUGCAAAAGUUUCCAUUUCUCACAAAGCUGUUUUACAUUUCAGAUAUAAGUAUAUCAAUUCUUUGACAUGGCACGCCAGUUUGGAAGGCAGGGCUGUUUAAAUGUAUUAGUGCCUACAAAAUCGGCAAUUUUCGUUUUAAAUAAGGAGUUACAUCUCCAUCGUGCUCGCCUCUUUGGACAUGAUAUGUAAAAAUACCGACUAUAUUAAGCUGUGGCCACUGCUACGGUUUGCUUUACACUAAUUGACAAAAUAGAGCCAAUCUAAUUAUUUCAAUUAAUCAUGUUUGAGUCAAGGUACAGGGGUUGAUGACUUGAAAGGGCGAGAUUAUGUUUUGGUAGCCAGUUAGCUAAACCAGCAGAGCAUUCGCCCUGUAAGCUCAGGAUCCCGGCUUCGAGCCUCACUCAGACUGACUGACAUUUUUCUCACCUUGUGAUAUUUUGCGCCCUACAUCGGAACGUGUUGGCUUUACACUUGUCAUUAUGAAACUCCUAUAAUUGCUAUUUUAAAAUGGUAGGGAAAUAUGUCACAGUACAGGACUUGAUUAUUUCAAAGGGGAGUAUAUGGCAGCGGGCUGACUGUAAGUUUUUGUUACCCUGUGACAUUUGUGAAUUUGAAAUGUAAAAAUUUGCAAUAUAAUUAAAGUCUAUUUGAAUGGUAAUAAAUGUAUAGGAAAUUUGAUGAUGUUAAUCAUCGUGUAUUGAAUACUGUAUGUUUGGCUAUGUUGAAAGGUCUUAUAUGUUCAAAUUUGCCACAUGUUAUCGGUCGAAAAUAAAUUAGAAACGUAUCGGGUGUAUAAAUCUAAGUUGCAAAAAGAAAACUGUAAAUGCAUUAUAAUGCCUUCUGGCCAUACGUUAUCUCUGGUAAAUUUUCGUUUCGGUCUUUACUCUGUUCGUCCUGAAACUGUGAACUAUUUCGCAGUGGUUUAUCCGUAUUAGUAUCAUGUAUGACUUGACUAUCCACAGCAUCCGUUGAUUAAACAAAGCAGGUUCAAAAGUGUUUUUAUACUUUUUGAACACAAUAAUUCUUUCUAACUGUCAAAACCUGCUUUUAUACUAAAAUGUUUUAUCGUAUCAUGAUGAAUCAGUAAUAUGAGCCGUGCCAUGGGAAAACCAACAUAGUGGCUUUGCGACCAGCAAGGAUCCAGACCAGCCUGCGCAUCCGCGCAGUCUGGUCAGGAUCCAUGCUGUUCGCUUUCAAAGCCUAUUACAAUUAGAGAAACCGUUAGCGAACAGCAUGGAUCCUGACCAGACUGCGCGGAUGCGCAGGCUGGUCUGGAUCCUUGCUGGUCGCAUACCCACUAUGUUGGUUUUCUCAUGGCACGGCUCAUAUGUCAUCUUUCUAUAUCUACCGUUUAAUCAUUGUCUCCCAGGUAUAAUUCGGUUAUAUGGGAAAACAAGAUUCAAUUUAGAUGUUUUAAAACCAUGCAUGCUAUUUCAAUACUGGUGUUUUAUACUAGUAAUUAAUAUGUUUAAAAUUAAUGUAUAUGAUGGUGUGUUCUUUUAGCUUAUACAUAAUUUUUGUAAGUGUACAUAUUAUAGAGUUAAUCAUUUCACAUCAAGUCUUAUUUGAGCUGAUUGGAGUUUGAACAUACAUGUAUUUCUAGUUUUAAGCUACAGCUACUCUGUAUUUCUUUGGGUUUUUCGUUUGUUUGUUUGUUUGGGGUUCUUUUUUUUCUGGGGGUGGGGGGGGGGCGUGGCAUUUCAGUAUCUGACCACUCGUUUUACAGCAUUUUUUUAUUUCAAGUAUUAUACAAACAAUUAACAUCAGUUUCACAAUUUUUAAUCAUUUGUACAGUAUUUGAAAUAUACAUCUUAAGACUAUAGACUUAUUGUUUACAUUAAAUAUGUAACUACUGUCUCUUACCAUUCAUCUGAAUAUGGUCAUGUACAAUAUUUUAUAUGUAUAUUCUAUCUGUGAUAUUUUUAUAGCGUAAAUAUGCAUGGAAUGAUGAAUGUUACAUUAACCUUAACCCUGCUAAAUUUCUAAAAUGGGCUGGUCCAUCAUUCAAUUUGGGCAAUACCUUUUGGCUAAAGGUUUCCAAAAAUAUAAUAAUUUAUAUAUAAUUUGUUAUAAACAAAUAUUUUGUUUCUUCUCCUAUGUUCAAACUGUUUUAUGUCGUAUUCUUAGUGUUUCAUUAAGACUUACAGUUGAGUUAUUUUAUGUAUCACUUCAAAAUGCAGAAAGAUAAAUUUAUUGUCUUUAAUUUUUUUAGAUGUUUCAAAUCGUUAAAAUAGUUUUGCAUUGAAGAAAAGAUACGUUCAUAUAUAAACACGUGUAUGUCCGUAUUGUAUCGGGAAAUCUUUAAUAACUUUGAUAAAAAGUUCAGAAACAUUUAACUUUAUUAUUAGACUUCUAACUAAAAAGAAGGAUAACGAAUGAGGAACUCUUUAUACGGUAUGUCAGGUGGGAAGUGGCCGGGCUUUGUGUACACAGUGACUUCUAAGCUGUAUUAAGUGAAACAAAAAAUAAAACGAAGAAAAUCUAGUUUUCUUGUAAAACUAAAUGACUGAAUUCCGUAAAAAACAAAUUGUACCAUACCUGGCUUAUCUGGUAUCAAUAUCAGGCUCUGAACUAUUUCAAAACUGCUAAAAAGUCAAUACUCCCAUCUCAAUAUCACUUAUCCUGUAUGUCAUACAAUUCUUUAGGUGAAAUAUAUUGUUGUGUUCAGUUAUAUAUCAAACGAGAAAUUUAGUUAUUUAGCAUGUAUCCGUUGCGUUCAAAUUUUUAUGUAAUAAAAAUAUAUGGUUCUAUUUUACAUUCAAAUAUCCAAAUAUGUAAAACAUGUUUGUGUUGUAUAAUCGAAGUUUACACAAUUACUAUUGUUUUAUCAGAAUUGUUCAAAUGUUAUCAAUAAAGAUAUUUGAAAGUUA